AGGGGCCAGAGGCUCUUCAUUCUCCAACUGGACAACACCACAACUGGUGUGCCAAAGGCUAGCAACAUGGCUCCUUCACUUUUGUCUACAGCCACAGGCGUUCUUUUGCUAUUCUCCCUCUCCUCUGCACAAAUAAGGGGAGACUAUUCCGAGGAAUGCACACCAAGGGACGGAUUUGGCAAGUACUGCCCAACGACAUGUGGCGUGGCUGACUACCUCAACAAGUACAAGCCGGUGGUAGACAAGGACCUUGAUGAAAUGGAGGAUAUCCUGAAAAGAAUAACCAACCUUACCACAGGGGCCACAGAGAAAGUCACCUAUAUGAAGGAUUCGACAACACAACAUCAGAAGUCUGGUGCAGACGUCCACUACAAAAGGUCAUCGAGCAUACUGGAUGAUGUCCUGCGCUUUGAGAAGACCAUCGUCUCUCAGGAGGAGCAAAUAUAUCAACUCCAAGGGACACUGGAAUCCAACAAGAAGAGGAUGUUAGACCUCAAACAGAUGUCCAUUCAGCUGGAUCAGAAAUGCAAAGAUCCCUGCAAGGAUACUGUGGAAAUCAAACCCACUACAGGGAAAGAUUGCCAGGAUAUUGCCAACAAGGGUGGCAAAACCAGCGGUCUGUACUACGUGAAGCCACUGAAGGCUAAGGAGCAGUUCCUGGUCUACUGCGAGAUCGACGGCUUCGGCCGCGGCUUUACCGUCCUGCAGAGGAGACGUGAUGGCAGUGUGGACUUCAACAAGGACUGGGUCCAGUAUAAAGAGGGCUUCGGCUACCUGACCCCAGAUGACACCAGCGAGUUCUGGCUGGGCAAUGAGAAGAUGCACCUGCUCUCCACCCAGUCCUCCAUCCCAUACGUGCUCAGGAUCGAGCUUACCGACUGGCAGGGCAACAAGAAGCAUGCUGACUACGCCAUGUUCAAAGUGGGUCCAGAAGUCGACAUGUACCGCCUGACCUACGCCUACUACUUUGGCGGUGAUGCGGGUGACGCGUUCGACGGCUUUGACUUCGGAGAUGACCCCAGCGACAAGUUCUACACGUCCCACAACGGCAUGCAGUUUAGUACCAGCGACAAGGACAACGACAAGUUCCAGGGUAACUGUGCUAUGCAGGACGGCUCCGGUUGGUGGAUGAACCGAUGCCACGCCGCCCACCUCAACGGGAAAUACUACCAGGGUGGGAAAUACACGGAGAAGGACGCCGGCGAGUCAGGCUACGACAACGGCAUCAUCUGGGCCACGUGGCAGAGCCGCUGGUACUCAAUGAAGGAGACUACCAUGAAGAUCAUCCCCACCAAUAGGAUCGCAGCAGCGGACGGACAGCAGACCGGAGGGGUCAAACAGUUUGGAGGGCUGGGAGACAACUAAAACACAUAUUGCAAUAUCGUCUUAGCUAGAACUUUCUUGAACUUUCCAGGCACAGAUUAAGCCAAGUCCUGGACUAAGAAGCACAUGGAGAAUCUCUAUUAAACAUGCAUUCCAGGAUUAAUCUAUGUCUGGGAAAAUGGCCCUCUGUCUUGUUGUAUCUUUGUUUUAUUGGUUCAAUCAAUUUCGUGUUUUGUCCUCUUGCCUAAAAUAUGAUCUAUGAUCAAAUCCCUGUUGUUGGAUCUUGGUAGAUUGGUUUGACUUCUUCUAUUUAGCACCUUCUGUUAGAACAAACUUGAUCUAGUGUCUAUGGAGUUUUAUUAGAUCUGGUUGGUUUGACCAAUGAAUAAAUGUUUUUCUAAAUGUAA